CCGCGCGGCAGUCACGCAUUGUUGCGCUUUGCGUUGCUGUUCACCGUUCACGCGAGUGCGUCCGUUUUCGUUUUCAAACAUUUAUUCCCCCCUACAUCGUGAUUGUUUUUUUUUUUUUUUUUGCGGGUUUUCCCCUACCGUGGUACAUAACUAAACAUUAUAAUAUAUUCGCGUUCGUCGUUGGCAUUUGAACUUCUUAAACGAAAGUAAUAAGACAAUAAUCCAGUAACGUCAGAUGCAAGAAGGUUGUUCUUGCUCAGAUAUACAAAGAUAAGAAAAAGAAAGCAUGGGAAAAAGGAACUCAAAACUGAAGCAAGAUACAAUUGACAAAUUAAUAGAAGAUACGUAUUUUUCGGAAAAAGAAAUCAGACAAUGGCACAAAGGUUUUCUAAAGGAUUGCCCAAACGGACUACUGACGGAACAAGGAUUUAUAAAAAUAUACAGACAGUUUUUCCCUCAAGGUGAUCCAACAAAAUUCGCAUCACUUGUAUUCAGAGUGUUUGACGAAAAUAAGGAUGGUUCUAUAGAGUUUGAAGAAUUCAUCAAAGCUUUAUCAGUAACGUCCAGAGGAAAUUUGGACGAGAAACUUCACUGGGCGUUUCGUCUGUACGAUGUCGACAACGAUGGUUUCAUAACCCGAGACGAGAUGUACAACAUAGUAGACGCUAUAUAUCAGAUGGUGGGUCAACAACCCCAAGCCGAAGACGAAAAUACGCCGCAAAAACGGGUAGAUAAGAUAUUCGAUCAAAUGGAUAAAAAUCAUGAUGACAAACUCACUCUGGAGGAGUUCAGGGAGGGAAGCAAGGCGGAUCCGAGAAUCGUGCAAGCACUUUCGCUCGGUGGAGACCACAACAAUGCUGCAGCUCCCCAAACAGCCACCACAUAAGUCUGUCGGAUGAGAGUUUUUUCCUACGUAUUGACUUUGUAUUUAUAUUUUUGUGUCUAAUUUUUUGUCCUUUAACUACAUUAUAAUAUAACAAUAUUGUAAUUUUUCUUAUAAUAAUAUACUUAAAAAAAAAAAAAAAACAUUUUUAUGAAUUCGUAUAUAAAUUACUAUAUUCAGAAUAUUAUAGUUGUACCUUAUAGCAAAUAAUAAUAAUAUAAGGUUAUAUUCUAUCCGUCUUAGUAGAUAGAAGUUUACAGCAUAACAUGCAGAACUUUCUUAUAUAAGUAGGUAUCAUCAGCGUUAUUAUUUUAUACCUAUAUAAAUACCCAUGUAAUACAUAUUAUAUAUAUAUAACUAAAUUUUAUUCAUUUUUGUGUGAAAAAUAAAUCUAUAUAUUUGUAAGCACUUACAUAGUUAUAAAUAUAUAUAGAUUCUAAAUAUUUGACCGAUCUAUGCACAAUUGUUUUUAAGUUUUAAAUCUACUAAUCUUUGUAAUUUCGUUAACUAUUUGUUCUAUUACAAAUACAAAUCACUGUUUUUUUUUUUUUUUUAAACAGUUUAUAUUUUACUGAAGAUUCAUUUCAAAUAAUGUGGUAGAUAUCAUUCACAUGUUUCUAGUCGUUAGUAAUAACAAAUUAAGUACCUAGCUUUGUUGAUACGCAUUUCACCUUCAAUCGAUAUCGUAAACCGCUCAAUGCACGUUUUGUUUUUAGUUAAGCUCACGGAAGUUGAUUUGCAUUUCAAAUAGAAAUAUUGAAAUUUCGUUUCUGAAAUAUUUUUUAUAAAAAUUAAAUAGUAAAUCCAUAGUGUUAAAAAAAUACCAUUGUAAUUCUCACUCAUUAGUUUACUCGUAGAUAUGCUGAAAUGAAAUGUGAGAGUAAAUAUUUUGGGUUCUGACAAACAAUAAUACGAAGGUGUUUAUUUCCGAAAAACACAAUAAACCUCCAUACUUCUAUAGAAUGGAGAUCAAACAUUCAUUGCACUGAAGAACGUAAUUUUUUCUUAUUUUAAUAAUCACCAAAAACCACUAAAAUACUGCGAACAAAUAUAAACUAGUUAAAUUUUGGAUAUGCCAUACCCCAUUUAAGACUGUUAUUGAAAUGCAAUAUCGCUUGAAAAUAUUUAGACGCUUGUUCCAGUGAUCCACCUGAUCCUAUUUUACUAGUUCGCGUCUAUUAAGUCUACUAUAUACUUUUUUUUAUUAAGUUAAGAUAUUAACGAUCUGCACAUAAAAUGCACCUUGAAUACAUUGUAUUUAUAAAUUGAUUUUAACUGCCGUGAUUGGCGUAAUCGAAGAAGUCACCCUUAGUGGUACUUCAAACGUCAAAUAUACUAAACAAUUUUUGUAUGUGUGUUAAAAUGAUAUUGCACGCCUACUUUAAUAUUAACAAUUUGAUAAUAAAUGCCAUUAGAUAUUUUUUAUGUA